CCUCCCCCCCACUACAGCCAAAACUACUGUAACAAACAAAGGAGCCGCGUUUAAAACAGAAAUCAAUGCAAAGCGAAACUACUUUUACAACAACACGAGGCCAUGUGAAAUACAGGCCUUUACCAUUUUGCCCUCAACUCCCCAUGAUGUCAAGGCGAUUGCUUCAAGACAAAGGAACUGAAACGUUAAGACAAAGUUGCCUUUCCACAUUAUAUCUCCCUACCGACAAAUUCUACACAGUUCUACAACUCCAUAAUCUGAGCAUUAAUUACCAAGUGGAAAAUCUCCACAGGGACCGUUUGCAAGGCAUUGUUGGCUCUGGUGCAUCAGUGCAGAAUUCAACAGUACAUCAUCUAACAAAGACACUACUGCUCAACUAUGACAAAGGCAUCCGACCAGUAAAGAACUGGACACAGCCCACUACCAUUUAUAUUGACUUCAUCCUUCAUGCUGUGCUUGAUGUGGAUGGACAAAACCAGAAGCUGACCACUAGUGUGUGGUACCGGCAGCUAUGGAUGGAUGACUACCUGGUGUGGGACCCAACACAUUUUGACCAGAUCAAUGAAAUUUCUCUGCCUGUUGAAGCUAUCUGGAUCCCUGACAUAAUCAUUCAAGAAUUUAUCGACAUCGGCAACUCACCCCACCUGCCCUAUGUGUAUGUGAACGCCUCUGGAGUGGUUAAAAACUACAAGCCGAUGCAGGUGGUCUCUGCCUGUAACCUGCAGAUCUACGCCUUCCCCUUUGACCAACAGAACUGUAGCUUCACCUUUGGCAGCUGGAUGCACACAGUAAAUGAUGUCAACCUCAAGUUUUGGAGAAGUCUUGCGGAGGUUGAGAAUGACACCCGGGCGUUUUUAGGUGACAGUGAGUGGGAGCUUCUCUCUGUCCCUUCCACAUACCAAAGGCUGCAGAGCGAUGGUGAUGACUACGCUCAGAUUCAGUUUAACGUUGUAAUAAGGAGGAGACCAUUGCUCCACGUGGUCAGUUUGCUGCUGCCCAGCAUGUUCCUGAUGCUGGUUGAUGUGACCAGCUACUUCCUGCCUCCAAACAGCAGCGGCAGAAUAACGUUCAAAUCCAGCACCUUGCUGGGAUACACAGUGUUCCGUAUCAACCUCCACAACGAGCUUGCCAUCACUGCUCUGCACACUCCACUCAUCGGUGUGUUCUUUGCUGUCUGCAUGGCUCUGCUUGUCAUCAGCUUAGCCGAGUCCAUCUUUAUCGUACAGCUUGUGAACAUGAAUGAGGAUGUAGAACCAAUCUGCUUUACGGCCAACAGCUGCCCCUCCGGCCACAGCACCAGUGAGAGCCCAUGUCCAUCACUGGAGACCAGAGGAAGGAACGGUGAUGAUAGGCGUAAGGAGCCAUGCUUUACAGAACAUUCCCAUUAUGUUUCUGGGAGUGACCCUAAAGCUGGUGUCCAGCAGGAAGAGGAGCAUCUGGAGACAGAGAGCCGCGAUCUCCAGCGCAGGAGGUUGCCACUGGAACAGCUACAGGAGGAGAUCUCUUCAAUCAAACUCUGCCUUCACAACCUGGGUGUGGACAGCAAUCCCAAGAAUGAAUGGUUGGCAUUCUGUUACAGACUUGAUCGGUUCCUGUUCCUCUUGUAUCUGGUGGUCCUUGCAGUUUACACUCUUACCAUGACCUCCCUCUGGCUGAUAUGGAGCUACCCCUAAGAUUCAUCACACAGGCUGAUCCUUCACCCACAAACCUCCCCAUCUGAACCUUGUAAUGAAACUAGCCCUCUGUGGUUUAGGUCAUUAAAGCAGCCCCUUUAGUGAGAUAGAUCAGUACAUACAAUAUAAAACACAGCCCUUCAGCUCACAAUAUCCUCGCCGAACAUGAAUCCCUGUUAAACUAAACACUUCUGCCUGUACAAGUCCAUAUCUCUCCCUUCCCUGCAGAUCCACUUGCCUGUCUUAAGAACCUCUUGAAUGCUACGAUUGUACCUGCCUCCACCGCCACCCCUGUAGAUUCCACAUUCCCUGACAAGAUGGUACCAAGUCUAGGAUUUGCUGUGAAAGCAGGUUACAUGUUUGUACACUUUUGGGGAUUAACCAGAAUGAUACGACAAGCUGAACUGCUUUGUGUAGUGUGAAACAACAUUAGCAUCAUCAGCAUCUGUGAAAUCCAUUACUGUCCCCUGGAGCUGUUCCUAAUUCCAGCGCUUCUCAGUUGGCAAAGUAUACAAAGCCUCCCAAACAGAGAGCUUGCAGGCUGCAUAAGCAGCGUCUAUGUUUAGUUGUCCAAUGUCUAAGCUGGCCACAUUUAGCAGCAUGGGAAUACACAUUCUUGUUUCAUUAGGAGUUAAGCAUCUAACUUCCUAUUAUCAUGGGAAAAUCCCCAAAUACUUUCAGAUCUAUAUAACAACAUUUAGCACGAUGAGAUAAUAUUUACAGCAUGGUAACUGCUCAGUAUAAGAGUCGGCUGCUUCAACAAGAUCUGCACAUCCAAAUAAAUACAUUCUAAA